AUGCCUAUCGCCCAGCUGAAGAACUGCAAGAUGGCGCAGGCUAUAUUCGAGGUACUCGAAGGCAUGGACAAUCAGACAGUAAUGGCAGUGCAGUCAUUGCUGGACGGUCAAGGAGGUGUUCCUGACCCCAACAACCAAAACGUCUCCGGGACGCCAGCUAUCCAGUCUAUGGAUGACGAAGACGUGUUUUUGUGUGGGAAGUGUAAGAAGCAGUUUAACUCCCUGCCAGCCUUCAUGGCACACAAGCGGGAGCAGUGCCAGUCCAGCGCCCCCUCCUUGUCCACCGUGUCCUUGGCCUCCACCAAUGCCUACACACCGGUUCCCUCCAUCACUUCGGGACCACAAACUAAUGGCAACAGGCAGGUGUCCACCUACAUCACAGUCCCGCCCUCCCCUCUAACGCACACGCUGGUCCAAGGCAACGUGCUGGUUAGCGAUGACAUUCUUUUGUCGGCCAUCUCGGCUUUUACUUCCAUUGACCAGCCAAUGAGCGCCAUGCAGACACCCGUACAGAGUAACCCAAGCAUGCAUACAACUGGUGUAUCGUACCUUCAGCACCACCACCACCACCACCACCAUCAUCACCACCAACAGCAGGCCUGUCACAUACUUCCUCCGAGCCAGACGCCAGCCCACCCGCUGCCAGCGGGACAGCCCGGCCAGCAGCCUCUCCCCGCUCCGCAUGCCGCCGCCAGCCACGGCAACUCGGUGGUCCAGGUCUACAGCGCCCUGCCGCACAUGGUCGGCGGUGGUAAUGCGGAGAUCCACGCGCUGGGUCUGCAUCCGUUCCAUCCUGUCCAGGUGCCCAGCCAGUGUGCGGAGAGCCAGUCCUUCACCACGCCUCCCGUCUACAGUCCAGGAAAACUGGGCAUCAAAACAAAGACGUGCAGCAUCACCACCAACACAACGGAGUUGGGCGAGUUUGAAAAACUCAUUGGCCCCAAACGGCAGCGAAGUAGCAAAAAAAGCUCAGAUGGAGCCAUAGACUCGCUGAAAUCCAAAGGUCCGAAGCUGAAGUGCAAUUUCUGUGACAAAAUAUUCUCCAAAAACUUUGAUCUUCAGCAGCACAUUAGGAGUCAUACAGGAGAGAAACCCUUUCAGUGCAUCGUGUGCGGUCGAGCCUUUGCCCAAAAGUCCAAUGUGAAGAAACACAUGCAGACACACAAGGUGUGGCCUGUGGGCGUGGCUAGCACGGUUUCGAGGCUACCGAUCACUGUAAAGGUUGUGCCGCUGUCAGCCAAUGAGGAGGCGGCCAGCGGGGAUCAGCAGCAGCUGCGCGAGCCGGAGGAGGCGGACCCCGAGCACCGGGCGACGCCGGAGGACGACGCAGCCCCAACGGAAGCUUCAGGGGAAGCCGAGGAAAGCGUUCCAGAGGCCCAGGCCGACGCGGAGGGCACUUGUGGCGAGUCUGUGCCCGCUCAGCUUCCCGACCAAGAGGGUCCAGUUCAAACCAAACAGAUCGUGGUGGUUGACAGCUCCUACCAGUGCCAGUUCUGCUCCAGCAAGUUCAAGACCUACUUCCAGCUCAAAUCCCAUAUGACCCGACACAAGGGGGAGCAGGUUUACAAGUGCGUGCUCAAGUCUUGCUCCCAGACCUUCCAGAAGCUGGAUCAGUUCCUGGAGCACAUCAGGACGCACCAGGAGCAGCUGACCUACCGCUGUCACCUCUGCGGCAAGGUGUUCCCCUCUUUGUUUGAACUGGGAGUCCACCAGUACUCAAACUGCUUCUGCCCACAGCAGAACACACGCAAGGAAACCGCGUUCUACAGGUGUGUGAAAUGCCAAUGCAGAUAUUCUACCCAAGAAGCGCUGGAACAGCAUCUACUGACCGCCUCUCACAACUUUCCUUGCCCACACUGUCAAAAGGUGUUCCCAUGCGAGCGGUACUUCAGACGCCAUUUGCCCACUCAUGGCGUCGGAGGAAGGUUCAAGUGUCACAUCUGCAAGAAGGUCUUCAGGACGGAACACUACCUCAGACAGCACACGAGGAUUCACUCAGGGGAGAAGCCCUUCAAAUGCUCCGUGUGUGAAGCCACCUUCAACAGGAAGGACAAAGUCAAGCGCCACAUGCUCAUCCACGAGCCCUUCAAAAAAUACAAAUGUCCUUUCAGAACUCAUGUAGGCUGCUCCAAAGAAUUCAACAGACCAGACAAGCUGAAGGCGCAUAUUCUGUCACACUCAGGCAUCAAGCCCUUCAAGUGUCUGUUCUGUCAGAAGGCGUUCAGUCGCAGAGCUCACAUGCUCGAGCACCAGCAGUCGCACACGGACAAUUAUCGCUUCCGAUGCUCCGGCUGCAACAAAGGCUUCUCCAGACAGAGUUACUACAGAGACCACAAAUGUUCAGGAGCGGGGAACGGCAAGAGACACGACGGAGAGACCACGGAGGAAGACGCGGAGCGGCACAGAGGGGACGUGCGAGCCGGCAGGAGGAGCUGCGGCCGGCUCACGAGGCAGGCGAGGAGGUUGAGGACUGCCAGACACGAGGUGAGGAAAGAAGACAACCAGGAGGAGGCGGGAACUGACGGGGAUGAGGGUGAGCGGCACUCCACAGAUGAAGGAAGUCAAGCCACGUCGUCCGUGGCCGCCGUCGAAGUUGACGGGCUCGAAGGGGACGCGUCGAAUUAGAUUUCUCGAGCCACACGUGAACCGCUUUCCUCCUACGCUUACGGUUGGUGAUUUCAAGCAUCAAUGAGGGAAUGUUUACUGGAAGUCUAACUCAUAUUUUGUUUUACAUUAAAACAUUAUUGAAAAUAAAAU